CCGGCGGUUAGUGAGGGAUGUACCGAGCAUCAGGGAUGUGACUCACUGGUUUAGACAGAUUUAUUAAUGAAGUUCAGUAGCAGGACGGAAUAGAAAGCGACAAUGGAGUCGGUAGAGUUGAGGAUUAUUAAACGGAUGAUAGUUUUAUUUUAAUUUACAUUCCUGAGGCAACGCUGAGGAGAGGAAGUGACACACUACUGACACACUACUGACACACUACUGACACACUACUGACACACUACUGACACACUGCCUCAGCUGUGUGAUAAACACUAACGGAAAUGGAGCUUUUUGUGUGGAUUUCGGUGUUAAUGGCGAUGACUGGACCGAGUUAUUCAGCUGAUGAGUGCAGCUGGAGGGGAAGUGGUCUCGCUCGGCCAGAGCAAGGUGUUGAACAGGUGUUCCUGCGCUGUGCCGAAGGCUCUGUUGAGUUCCUUUACCCCAGUGGAGCCCUGCGUCUCACGCUCUUGCCCCGCUUACCGAGACACAGAGUGGGUGGGACCAGCGGGAUGCCCUCAUCGGUCUGUGUUAAGCCAGAGCCUCAGUGGGGUGGGGCCCAGCUUUACCUGGAAAAAGGUGGCAUCCUCGAGCUACUAGUGAGUGAUAUGCCCGGUCCAUCCCAUAUUCGCUGUUUUAGCAUCACUCCUGGGGAAAGCCCCGCCCUGUUCCUGCAGGCCACGCCCCACAGCGACAUCAGUAGGCGCAUCGCAGCAUUCCGCUACGAGUUAAGAGGAGAUCGGUCAACAAGGCUGUCAGUCAACUCUGUGGAUGCUGAAGUGGAUGCAGAAGAAGGAGCAUGUAGGCCGUGUAAUGACACAGAGAUGCUGAUGUCAGUGUGCACCAGUGACUUUGUGGUGCGUGGGAAUAUCCGUGCGGUGGACACAGACUCAGAGCAGCGUGUGUCAGUGAUCAGGGUGAGCGCUACGCGUGUGUACCGUCAGAAGUGGCCUCUGUUCUCCAGCGUAGGCCGCCUCACAUACUCCGGAGAGAUCCGCACGUUGUUGCGCUGCGGCGUCCGCGCCGGCUCCGGAAGCUUCCUCUUCACCGGACAUGCCCACUUUGGGGAGGCGUGGCUUACCUGUGCUCCCAGGUACAAGGACUUCCUGAGAGUGUAUGAGCGUGCCAAGCAGGACCUGCAGAUCCCCUGUACCCUCAACACAUGACGCUGAUAGAGGCAGGACUAAGGAGAGAAUAAGACAAAACAUCUUCAUCUUCACGGAGAAAGAGAUAAAGAGAGUGAUACAAAGAGAAAGACAUCAAAAUCUUUAUCUUUAUGGACAGAGAUACAAAAUGAGGUCCUCAUGGAGAGAGACACGACAUCUUUAUAAAGAGAUGCUACAUGGCGUUCUCAUGGAGAGACACAAGGCAUCACACACACACACACACACACACACACAGAGAGAACAGUGACACCAUGCUACUUAGACAGAGACACAAAUAUGUGUGUUUUAGACUUGCUAACACAGACAGAGGUCAUGACUGUGUGUGACCCUCCUCUCGUGUCUCGUGUCUCUCCGUAAGGUGAAGAUGUGCAGUGAGACUUGAUGUGACGCCUCAGGACAUCGACACAUAAGCUAUAAGACACAGACAUGUAGCGUGACUCGCUCGUCAGUAUUCACACUGCUCACGGGUUAAACAUCUAAAAUAUAAAUUUGCACUGAGGAUGAGGAGGGAGCUGAAACCAAAUGAAAGCAGAUGAUAUGUAGCACACACACACACACACUCAUACACACUCAUACACACUCAUCAGUGUGUUAAUAUUAAGCCUAGCAGACUGAAGCCGCUUGUCUGUCAAGCUAGCAGUAGGUUUGUCCCAAACUGAACCGCGUUAGCAUGUUAGCCUUCGACUGACAGAAAGAUCAGAUGCACUUUCACUGCACCUCCGUUUAUGCCACUUAAAUACCUUAUUAUAAGUGUUAUAACUGAAACUGAUGUUUAUUGCUAUUCUUCUUUGGAAAAACAGCUGGAUUUUAUGUAUUUGACAUGUUUUUUUUUUAAAGAUGUAUGAUGUAAGAGAAAUAUUUAAAUGAACCUGAUAAAGAUUUCCUUUGUUUUUGUAACAGAGUUCAGAGAGAAGGAAUAUGAUCUAUAUACAUGAUACAUCACGAUAUUCAUCUCACUGUUCAGUUCACAUGUGAUAUUGUGAGUGCGUGUGUGUGUGCGCGUGUGUGUGUGUGUGUGUUAAAUGGUGAAAUGGUUGUGCACUACACCAGCGGAGAGAGAAACCAAACACAACUCUGAGCCGCUUACUGCCUCACUUGUGUGUGUAUGCAUGAGAAAGUGUGAGAGAGAGAGUGUAUGUGUGCGUGAGAGAGUGUGUGUGUGAGAGCGUGUGUGUGUGAGAGCGUGUGUGUGUGAGAGCGUGUGUGUGUGAGAGCGUGUGUGUGUGAGAGCGUGUGUGUGUGAGAGCGUGUGUGUGUGAGAGCGUGUGUGUGUGUGUGUGUGUGUGUGAGUGUGUGUAUUUGUGUGUGAGAGUGUGUGUGAGGGUAUGUUUGUGUGUGAGAGUGUGUGUGUAUUUGUGUGAGAGAGUGUGUGUGUGUGUGAGAGAGAGUGUGUGUGUGUGAGAGCAUGUGUGUGUGAGAGCAUGUGUGUGAGAGCGUGUGUGUGUGAGAGUGUGUGUAUUUGUGUGAGAGAGUGUGUGUGAGAGUAUGUUUGUGUGUGAGAGUGUGUGUGUAUUUGUGUGAGAGAGUGUGUGUGUGUGUGAGAGAGAGUGUGUGUGUGAGAGCAUGUGUGUGUGAGAGCGUGUGUGUGUGAGAGUGUGUGUAUUUGUGUGAGAGAGUGUGUGUGAGAGUAUGUUUGUGUGUGAGAGUGUGUGUGUAUUUGUGUGAGAGAGUGUGUGUGUGUGUGAGAGAGAGUGUGUUUGUGUGUGUUUGCUUGUGUAUGAAUAUUGUUGUAAAUAAGAUGUUUUAGCAGAGAGAAUAUUGUGUAUAUUUGAGCUAUGUGACUGAUUAAAAACUUUUAAAUGAA